UGCGAGUCAUCAUAUACUACACGCGGUUUUAGAGAUAGGGAGUUUUUAAAGCGAUAUUAAAUACAAGUGAAAGUGAUAUCAACGUAAUAUGGACAGUUUUACUUAAUAGAGUUUAAAUCACUAUUACGAUGUAAUGUUGUAAGGUAAAUAAUAUUUAUUUUGAAUUUAUCAAGUGAUAAUGGACUCUAUGGAGAUGAGUUCUGAUAUAUAGUUGUGUGUUUGUGCUAUUGAUCAAUCUCAGGCAUUCAGGGCCUAGUCGCAAGAUGUGUAUGGAGUCGGAAAUACGAGGACCGAAAACUUUCCUCAUAUAACAUAUGUGUUACGUGUUUCAUAGUGCGUGUGACAAAAGUGUCAAUGUGUUUGUUAUGUGGUCAUUGGCUACAGAACAGAUGAAUCGACGAGGGUAUUCAAAUAUAAUAACGACAGCUGUCCAAUGAAAAUUAAAAUGCUUCUUAUCAUUGGAAUUAUAUAUGGAUGUUUUUCAACAGUGUCUCCACAAUUACCACCUGGAUUCAGUUUACCGGCCAUCACUCAUGUAGACCGUAAUUGGUUUGUCAUGUCCAAUGACCCCAUCGGUUCUGUGGUUACAAAAGUUUAUAGUGAUCGUACUGGAACACAAAAUGUAAAAUACGGUUUGGAGACUUUUGGGCCUCCAACUCCUUUUAAAAUUGAUCCCGUUUCCGGUAUAGUUACUGUCAAUGAUACUUUAAAAGACAAGGAAAACCGAACUUAUUCACUAUGGGUAACGGCAUUCGAUGGUUCAUCAAUACCUCAGCGGACAGAAGUUAUAGCCUCUAUUACAGAUAAAUCUGGUUUUCGACCCAAUGUACCCCGACCGCCACCCUUUGCUAUUCCCAAUUAUCCUACCGUUCCAAUGCCACCAAAAUUUCCUAGACCUUCACAAAGUACUCAACUAACAGAGACACAAACUGAAAAAACAGUACUUGACACAACUACGGCAAUGAUCUCAACAACAAUACCAUUAGAAAAAGAACAAGAUAAUGAAAAGAGAGAUAGAAUACAAAAUGAAGAAAACAAAAAAAAUAUUACUAAACUGGCAGUCGAAGAGACUUCGAUGGGAACUGAUAUGCCUUUAACGGUUAUACCUCUUAUAGCUAUUGGUGGAUUAGUUAUAAUUGUCGCUGGAGUAAUAAUAUUUGUUUGGAAAAAGAACAGUGUUAAUGCGAAGAUAAAAAAGGAUGACAUGAGCAAAGACUCAAGUGGCAUCGUGUUACAAGACGCAACUAUGAACUUAUGGGACCGUCCCCGUGCAUAUUCUAAUCGUUACGAAUCCUGGGAUAGCAACCACUUACAGGCAUCUGAAGAGACAACAAUCAGCAAAGAAGAGCCUCGGGAUGCUUGGGAAUUUCCGCGACAUCGCCUUAGGAUAUUUAAUAUUGUCGGCGAAGGUGCCUUUGGUCAAGUAUGGAGAGCCCAGGCCAUUGAUAUUGAUGGUAAGAAAGGAGAGCAAACGGUGGCUGUGAAAACACUCAAAGAAAAUGCAUCAGAAAAAGAAAAGGCAGAUUUAUUACAAGAAUUGAAUGUGAUGAAGAAUUUGGGAACACAUCCCAAUGUCGUUCGUCUCAUAGCUUGUUGUACAGAUAUGGAACCAACCCUUGUGAUAAUGGAAUUUGUGAGUUUGGGUAAGCUUCAACAAUUCCUUCGAGAUUCUCGCGCUGAGCGUCACUACGGAAAUACUCACGGGGGUAGCCAAUUUCUGACGUCACGGGAUUUAACGCAUUUCGCCUUCCAAGUAGCGAGGGGCAUGGACUUUUUGAGUUCCAAAGGGAUCAUACACAGAGAUUUAGCGGCGCGUAACGUACUGAUUAACGACGAAAGAACGUGCAAGGUUGCAGACUUUGGUUUCGCUAGAGACAUCGGUGGCACCCACGUGUAUGAAAGGAAAAGUGAUGGACGCUUACCUAUUAGAUGGAUGGCACCAGAGUCACUGUACGAUGAUAUAUUUAGUGUUAAGUCAGAUAUAUGGAGCUUUGGUGUCCUUCUUUGGGAGAUUGUGACGCUAGGCUCGACUCCUUAUCCUGGUUUGUCCGCAGGGGAUGUUAUGAAAAAAGUACGAGAAGGUCAUCGCUUAGAAAAGCCAGAACAUUGUAGAAGAGAAUUAUACAAUAUAAUGUAUUACUGUUGGGAAGAAGACCCAACAUCACGGCCUGACUUCAAAGAGGUUGUUGAAAUGUUAGAAAAGUUAUUAUGUACUGAAAUGGACUAUAUAGAACUUGAAAGAUUUCCUGACCACUCCUAUUAUAAUGUUCAACAUUUGGAUGGAGAAAAGUUGUAAUUAUAUUUAAGGUCAAUAGAGUUCAACAGAUGGUGAUUAUUAAAAAUAAUUGAUGGAUAUCAAAUGACUCAUUAUAGUAUGCAUUUUUGUGAUUUGAAAAUUUAAGGUGUAAUAUUAAAAAUCUAUUCCCAUUCAUUCCAUUCAUAUUUCAUUACUAUACUUAAAUUAAACUAUAUAUAUACUUUCAUUAAACUAUCCUCGAUAAAAGAAAAGCAAUUUGUCAUCAUAAUUUCUAGUAUAUGAGGAAUUCUACUCUAUUUCUGAGUUUUAUAAAAUUAUUUACAAGUCAUGAAACAUAUUUGUUUUUCCAAAAUAAAGGUUAUCAAGUAUCAAAAUUGUUGUAUCGGCUCUAAUUUAUUUCCGAAGCGCCAACGAAGGAAAUAUUCUACGUAAUUACACAAUAACAAUUUCAUAUGAAUCGCUUAUUUUAAAAGCUCUACUCGAAUAUUUAGUCUUUUCCCUAAGAAAAUUUAUAAUAUUUAUGUUAUUAAACAAGAAUUUUGUAAUUAUCUGUAAUUAAUCAAGUAAGACAAUCAUUUAAAAUUCCGGGAAAAAGAAAAAUAAACGUAACAAGACUAUAAUAUUAAAAAAUUAAUUUAGUAAUAAUGGCUCUGAUUAGGUUUUUAAAAGCCUAGCUUUGGAUUCUCUAUGGCUUAGACACUUUUUCCAAUUCAUGUUUAAUAAUGCACAUAUAAUUUUGAAAUACUUUUGAGAUUUAAAUGCUAUUUUGUUUACACAACAUUCUGUUACAGAAUAGUGAAAUAUAUUGAUAAAUAAUGAAAAGAGAUUAUAUAGCUUGUAAUUUUUACUUUAUUGUAUCAAAUUUAGAAACUAGUCCUGCCAAAUUUUUUAUACUUUUACUACCUAUGUUAAACAUUGUAAAUAAACCAUUGAUUAUCAUAAUAUGAUUAUGUACUUAUAUUAAUAAAUAUAAUUUCACUGA